UAAUUUCAGUUUAACUCGAGAUGUGAUCGGCUGCGUUUCGUAUCUUUCGACGGCCGGUACCGGUACUAGUGCUAGUUAGUCGCUUAAUUUGGCAUCGGGUGUCCGCGGCAACUUCUUUCUCCGUUCGUUAACGCAUUUCAACUCGAGUGUUCGGUUUAGGUGCCGUCGUUGUUAAAAGUGCCUUAGUUGUUAUUGUUUGGCACUCCUCGUUGCACAUCAUCUGCGUUUCAUCCGUUGCCACCUCCGCACCGCUUUACAAUAGGGUGUGCCAUAAAUGAAUCUUCUUGGAACAUUUGAAAGUGUUAUAAGGACAAGGACAAGGACAAGGACAAGGAAGUAGCUGAUAACAUCUUUUAAAACAUUCCUUAAGUUAUACUAUGUGGAAGAAAAGGAAUUCUACGUGUACAAGUUUUCUUUUACAGUGCAAUCUGAGACACAAUAGUGACCUAUUUUCAUAGAAAAAUAUCGAAAUGUAUCCAACGACAACCAAAGACAACGCCGGUACGCACGGACGCUUAUGGGAUGGGUGGCAUCGCGGCGCACUCUCCGAUGAUGGCACAUGGCUCUUCGCCGCGGUUCCUGCUUCAUCUCAGCACCAUUUCAGCAUCAGUAGCAGUUCAGUUUAGUAGCUUUAUCCAGAUGAGCGGACAUAAAUAAGCGGACGGUAGUGUCACUACUCGCUAAAGUGGACUUUUUCUUGGCGAGUUUGCCGGUUACUUUAUAGAUGUAAUGCUGCGCGAGAGUGAGUCUAAGUGAAUUACUUACUACAAGUAGCGAACGAACGCCAAACCAUCAGUUAGUAAGAGGACAAGCGAAGAGCAUAUUGCAUUGGCGGUGUAAAGAAGCAGUUUUUUUUUAUUUUACGAUUUGUUUUGGUGGGUCGGACCCGGUCUGUGACGGAAUAUUUUGGCUGUUUUCCGGGCGUGCGUGGAACAAAGGCAUUCCGUAGACAUCAAGGAGCAGGGGGUUUCAUAAGCGCAAAUUUGAAUUAUGUUUUUCUGGUGAAGAGAUUUGCAUUAACUACUCGAGAGGAUGGCUGGAGACGAUUACAGCAGCAUAGUAGAAGAACGGCUUGGAGACCCUAGUGAGGUUUUUGAUGUGUACGAAGUGCUCAGCGCUGAAGUGGACCGAGUGGGGGAAGAGUUCAGCAUGAACGAUCAGCUGUUGGAGCCGUGGUCGGAGGGUCUGGCGCUGUAUGGAUACAUCGGAUUUGUCGUCGGUGGCGGAAUUUUGCUCAAUUCGAUUCUGAUCAAAGGAAUUUUACAAGCCAAAUAUAGUGGUGCCUUGUAUUUUGUCUUACAAAUCGCAAUAUUAGAUAUCUGCACUCUGCUGAUAAGUAUUUGGGAACUAUUCUACAUCGCCCAUCAGCAAUGGACUUUCGAGUCGGAGCAUUGCACGUUCUACAUCGGGUUCGAAUCGUUCACCAACAUUGCCAUCGUUUACUUCAUCAUAGGGCUGAACUUUCAUUCGAUAUCGACGUACAAUCUGGCACAGCAGAUAUCAACGGCCGACGAAGAACUUACCAAUCCGUGCCAUGAACUUGAUAGUAGUUCGGACUACAUGACCGCUGAGGAGAAUAACUACGAAGUUGCAGCUGAAAGCAUUUCCCAGAAACGAUCCUUGACCAUCGACUACCGACAUCGGAAAACCAGUAUUCCGGUGAUAUGGCCUGUACUGCUGAUUUGGUUCAUCGCCAUGUCGGAAUCCUUGCCACUGUUUCUUUUUUCCGAUGUGAUAUCAACCGACGAAGACGUCAAGUUUUGUACCGUACUCAUCAACGAUCGCACCAACCACUACAUCAUUCAAUGGCUGGUGAUCUCUAUUAGAAUUGUGAUUCCAACUGUUACCCUAAUUGUGACCACUGCUAUGACCAUUUUUAAGUUCUUCCAGGGUAGAAAGUUUACUCAACCACACGAAAUUGACGAGAACGUUGCUUUCAUUUUGAAAGUCUCCAUAUUUCUAUCGUUGUCAUACGUUGUGCUUUCAAUGCAGAAAUUGUAUGGUUCUUUGCUGUUUGAAGUACUCUCCAAGCCGAUACUGAGGCACAAGUAUCCGGAAUUUGACAAACAGUCUGGUCUGAUGUGUUCGUUGCUACAUUACUGUUUGUCAUUUGUACGUCCACUUGUAGUAAUUAUAUUGUGUAAGUUAAAACACAACCAUAUGGAUAUUACCUUCAUCUAUAAGGGAAACGCUAAGGUCACUGACAUGUAGUAGGAGAUGAAUAAAUUGAAAUUUUUUAAA